CCUAACCCUAACCCUAACCCUAACCCUAACCCUAACCCUAACCCUAACCCUAACCCUAACCCUAACCCUAACCCUAGGCAACUUCCAAGGGGGGCAUACACCCCCACAAACCCUAGGCAUUCCCCGAUUAACUUUUGAUAUUCUGAGAGGGGUAGGAUUCAACAAGGGCAAGUGUGGGACCUGGUUAAUGAAGGCGUGGGCCAGAUCAAAGUGGCAGGGGGAUGUGAAACAGAAUCUCAAGUGAGGAGAUCAGAAAUCACAAGAGGGCUUUUUAGCCCACUGCCCGCAUAAUUUCAACCUAACCUAUCAGUGACACGCUCUUCAUUCUCCCGGCCCCAGAAAGGCCAAUAAGAAAACCCAGAUAUUUUAUUUCACCUAUUAGGUGUUCAAAAAUUCAUAGUUAAAAGAAUGGAGAGGUUCACCAAUCAGCAGCUAAUGUACCUUUAAGGGCUGAGGUGAGCCGGUCUCCUAGCAACAGCCAGGUUUGCAGCAGUUGGACAAUUAGGUUUUAGUAUCACAUUAGUUAAAAGAGGCCCUGCGGGGGGAAGAAGGUGAGGGACGUUUUAACUGGAUAGCAGUACUGUCUGGGUUUAGAGACUCCACAGAAGACCCGAGUGACGGACGAGAGUCGAGUUGGACCUUCCGGUCGGGAAUCACGCUUUUUUGAAGGCAAUUGGUUGGAGUCGAAAUCGCAGACGCAAGAUAAGCAAAUUUUGAUCAUAUUCGCCGCUUCGCCUGAACGAGACCCAGCGUCCGCCUCACUAGCACGUGGUCAGGCUAAUUAUGGAGAAUCCUAAAAAAAGAAAAGUGACUGAAGAAAACAGAACGUUUAAUGAUAGUUGGGCAGAUUCAUUUGCUUUCACUGCUGACGAGACUGGUUUACCGGUAUGCUUAAUAUGCAAUGAGAAACUAGCAAACAACAAAAAGUCAAAUGUCGCAAGACAUUUCCAGAAUAAACACACAGCCUUUGCUCAAAAAUAUCUGGAUGGAGAUGAGAGAAAAAAAAGCCGUUUCGGAACUGAUGCGGAAGGUUGAUCUGAACAAAAAUCAUUUCAAGAAAUGGAUGAAGUCUGGAAAAUCAACUACAUAUGCUAGUUUUGUUGCUGCUCAGGAAAUUGUCAGGCACGGGAAGCAGUUUACAGAUGGUAAAUAUAUAAAAGAAUCUUUCAUUAAGAUUUCAUAACAUCUAUUCACGGACUUUAAAAACAAGCGUGAAAUUGUGCAGAAAAUCAGGGAUAUGCCCCCCUCUGCAAAGACUGUCAAAGACAGAACCAUAAAAAUGGCAGAAGACAUCCCAAGACAGCAAAUUAAAGACAUCAAUUCAGCUGUGACCUACUCGAUUGCCUGUGACGAGUCUAAAGACAAAGGUGAUAUUGAACAAAUACCGCUGUUCUGCCGGUAUGUAAACUCUGCCGGGCUACACGAAGAAAUGAUUGACUUGAUACCUCUAAAAGGCCAUACACGGGGGGAGGACAUCUGUGAGGUUGCCUUGAAUUGUUUAAGAGCCAAAGGAAUAAAGACCACCCACCUGGUGUCAGUAGCUACUGAUGGGGCACCAAGCAUGACAGGAGCACACAAGGGAUUUGUGGCUUUACUGCAGAAGUCGCUGGACAGGAAGUUGCUGACUUUUCACUGCAUCUUGCACCAAGAGGCACUGUGCGCUCAAACAUUUCCUCCGGAAUGCACAGAAGUAAUGGAUGUUGUCAUUCAGAUUGUCAAUAAAAUAAUGGCAAAAAGUUUAAAUCACCGUCAAUUCUGUUUGUUACUGGACGAGCUGGAAAGCGCAUAUUCUGAUCUCCUGCUGCACAACAAAGUCCGGUGGCUGUCCAGAGGGGAAGUGCUGAAACACUUUGUCGCGUGUCUGGAAGAAGUGAAAACUUUUCUGGGCAGCAAAGGGCUCACCUUUCCUGAGCUGGAACAGCCAGAGUGGCUGGAAAAGCUACACUUCAUGGCAGACAUGACAGCGCACAUGAACAUGCUGAACACAGCUCUUCAGGGGAAAGGACGCACAGCCCUGCACAUGUUGGAGGAUGUGUUGGCAUUCAAGCGCAAGUUCACAGUGCUUGACAGAGAUUUACAGAAAGGCACAUUGUCUCACUUCCCCAAUUUGAGAGAGUUCAAACAAGCUCACGACAUGAUAAAUUUGGAGUAUUACAUUCUGCAAUCAUCGCAAUGCAAGUAUCAUUUGGGAAACACUUCUGUGAGUUCAGAGAGGAAAAAAACACAUUACCCUUCCCAGUCACUGCCCUAAGCAUUGAUCCAUCCCUACUGAAUACGACUGCAUUGGCAGGUGUGAGUCAACCUGAUCUUGAGAUGGAACUGGCCGACAUAGCCAUAUGGGUGUCCAAGUUUAGACGCUUGACAGCAAACCUUGAAGAUGUUGCCCGUCAGAAGUCCGUUCUUCCUCAGAAUCACAAAUGGAGUGAUAUUGAAAACCUCCCCAGAUCGGACAAACUUGUGUUCGAAACAUAGAAUGCUAUCCCCGACACUUAUGUAAACAUUAAAAAGUAUGCGCUUGGAGUCCUGUCGAUCCUUGGAUCCACAUAUGUAUGUGAGCAGGUGUUCUCCAACAUGAACUUUAUUAAAAACAAACAUCGUGCACGCCUCACAGAUGACAGCUUGCGAUCCUGUGUAAAGAUAGUGACGUCAUACAGCCCUGAUGUGCAGACGCUGUCCGCUGAGGUCCAGGAGCAGAAAUCCCAUUAACCAAGUGGCUGACGUUAUCUUUGGUUUGCUGCUGGCGGACAAUUUAAGUUUGGCGGUUUUCAUAAAUACAAGAAGGACUCAAAUAGACAUUGAUUAUUUUACUUAAAAGUAACCUUCAACCCAACGUCUUUUUUUCGGAGUUCAAAAUGUUUUUGUUGCAUGCAGAAAUGUAAUUUCGUUUUUUCUGCAGGAGUCCAUCGAUUUCAUAAAUGCAACACAUUAUAGUUUGUUUAUACAUAGCA